CUUCGGGCCAAUGGAGUUGGGACCGCCGAUUAGAACUCCUCGAGUCGAAGCUGUGCACUCAUUCUAAACUGGUGCCCCCCAUCAGACCUCCCCUCGAAGGGCCUCAUCUUCUUCCUCUUCAGCUGGUCGUUCCUGGGGCUGGGCGGCAAGGCGGUUUUCUGGAGCGGGGGAAGAGACGUAGACGCCAGGGGCAGACGCAAUGGCACCUCCCAAAGCGGGGGCGACUGGCAGCAAGGCACAGGCUGCCAAGGCCGCUAAGGCCUUGAAGAAGGGGGUGGUCAAGAAGAAGACCAGAAAGAUCAGGACGUCGGUCACUUUCCACCGGCCCAAGACCCUCAAGAGAUCCCGCGACCCCAAGUACCCCAGGCUCAGCGCGCCCCGCCCCGACAAGCUCGACCACUACCAGGUUUUGAAGUACCCCCUGACCACAGAGUCAGCCAUGAAGAAGAUUGAAGACAACAACACUCUGGUCUUCAUCGUGGAUAUCAGGGCAGACAAGAGGAAAAUCAAGGAUGCUGUGAAGAAGAUGUACGACAUCCAAACAAGGAAGGUCAACACACUAAUCAGGCCCGAUGGAGCGAAGAAGGCGUACGUCCGGCUUACGGCAGAUUACGAUGCUCUAGACAUUGCAAACAAGAUCGGGAUCAUCUAAUUUGCAGUGCUUGAGCUCGUCGAACCUGAUAUGUCUACGAUUGUCUCUUUCCGUCAUCAAUCUUUCUUCUGAAUGUUGCAAGCGUGUGCCGCGCUUUGCAUCAUGUACAUCGAGGUAGUAACACAUGCUGUGUCGUUCUGGCCACCUUAACAUGUUACCUUUACGCUCCGCCGGCUAAUUAGUGCUGUUCUAGUUGCCCAUUUGACUAGCCACAUGUAGCCUGUACUUACCGGAAGAAUGGUAUCAAUCUGAC